AUGGCCAAGUCUGCGCAGCAGGCCAGGCCGUCUGCGCUGAGAAAGACCAAGGAGAUGAAAAAAGUGAUCAAGGUGAAACCUCAUGUCACCUUUGCCGACACUGGUAAGUCCAAGGGAGCAGAGAAGAAGAAUGAUCAGAAGCAAAAGAAGGCCGCAGAGAGCGCAAAGAAGAAGGACCCAAAGCAGAAGACCAUCAUGGAGUACAAGGCUAAAAAGGGGGAUUCGAAGGAUGAGAAGAAAAGGGACGAUGCGACAGAAGUGAAGGAAGAAAAGAAGACCAAGAAGAAGGACAAUCAGAGCAAGAAGAAAGAAGAUCAGACCAAAAAGAAUGAAGAUCAGAGCAAGAAGGAAGAGCAGACCAAGGCCAAGAAGGAAGAGCAGACCAAGAAGGAAGAUCAGAGCAAGAAGGAAGAUCAGAGCAAGAAGAAGGAAAAGGCGACCAACAAGGAGAAGGACCAUGCAGAGAAGAACAGGACAAAAGGCUCCAAUGACGACAAGAAAAACAAUGAAGACGGGCUCAAGACACCUCCCCCAAGACGUUUCCGUGUCAAGUCGCCCCAAGCCUUGGCCGAGCUGGAGGAGAAGGCCAAUGCCCUUGCUGCCAAACAAGCUGCUAAGCAGGCUCGUGCUGAGGCAGCCUUUGCGAUGAGGAAAGAUCUUCAGGGCGCAUUGAAGCAAGCCAGGCUGGAAACUGAGUUCGAUGCUGCUGGCAUGGAUGACUUCUUGGAAUGGUGUCAUAAAGCCUAUCCGGACAUGUCAAUCGAGGAGGCGCUUCAAGUGAAGAAGAAGAUUAAGGAGGCGCCUCCAAAGUUCAACAAGAACGAUGACUUGGAAGAUGAGUUGAAGAAAAAGAAGGCUGAGAAGAAGAACGCGAAAGAAAGCGAGGAAGAGGGCAGUGGGAAGGAUCCAGAGCCAAAGAAGGCUAAGAAGAAGAAGAACGCGAAAGAAAGCGAGGAAGAGGGCAGUGGGAAGGAUCCAGAGCCAAAGAAGGCUAAGAAGAAGAACGCGAAAGAAAGCGGAGAAGAGGGCAGUGGGAAGGAGGAGCCGGAGGAGGACGAUGAAGAGGAGGAGGACAAAGAUGAGGGCAGUGAGAGCGAUGAACUUGAAGAAGACGAGACAUCAGGAAGCGAGACGCAGGAAGAAGAUGAAGAAGAUGAUGAGGACGAAGAAGAGGGAGAGGGUGAUGAUGAAGGAGAAGGCGGCAGUGGAGACGAGGCCGAUGCCCCGAGCGAAGAGGAGGAGGAAGCAAGAGAGAGUCAGGAUGAAGGGGAGGAGGAUGAUGAAGACGAUGAAAGUGAUGCUGAAAAGCCAGAACUUGUAAAGGCUGUGAAGGAUUCCAAGGAUGCAGCAAAGAAGAUGAUGAGAAACAGCACUACCAACAAGAAGGAGUGGGACAAGUUCAUCAGACAGUCUAUGAACAAGAACCUCUUCCCACCACGGCUAGCUGCUGCUUUCGUCAAACAAAAGAAUGAGCUUUUCAACAUGUGGCUGGACACUGGGGAGGACUGGGAUGCGGUUGCCUGCGAAGCAGAGCGCAAAAACCAAACCAGUACCCUCAACCGAAACCAGUGGCAAGCGGUGCAAGCCCGAGAAGUAAUCCAGAAGUAUGGCAAGGAGCGAGGUACUGAAAUCAUCGAGAAGCGGAAGGAGACCUGGAUCUACAUGCCGGCUGGCCGCUUAGUCCGCACCGAUGACAGCACCAGCGAAUCGUUCCGAAUGCGAGCUGAACGCAGUGUCGACAAUGCUCUUCGAGAUGCUUUGUGCAGUGAAGCGGGUCCUUUGGCAGCCGGCGCCAUGCCGAGCGCCAAAUGCGUGAACGAGGCUGGGCAGAAGCGGCUGCUUCAAUCCUUGGAUGAUGCCAAGGCAACAGUGAAGAAGCCCAAGAGAGAGAAGAUUGUCGAAGACAAGGCAACCGAAGAUGUGAAGCCAAAGACGAUGAUCGAGUUGGCGCAAGAUCGUUUGCCUCAGAUUCUUGAGGAAUCUACAAAGGCUCGGCAGAGGAGCAUCCAGCUCAGUGGGAUUGAGUUUGCCCAGGAGUUGGCGAAACAGUUGAAGCAUCAUGCUGAGAGCGUUGAGGGAAAGUACAUGGAGCUGCAACAGUUGGUUGCCGCAGAUCCCCCUGUCAAAGACAAGUACUUCCAAGACCUUUUCAACAAGAUCGAUCGCAAUACCGCUUGGUUCACCAAAGCGCAGGUCAACAACGCCGAAGAGCCAACGUUGGUGGAAGCGUGGGUCAUCCUUCCACAUGAGAUGCUCCAUGCAGCAAGUGCGAGGAGUUUCCAGGUCAGAAGAGGUGUGGAGAAAGCCAUUGCCAAUGUCACAGCCUGGAUUUAUGUGCCGCGGCGUAUCUUGACGCUAGCCAACUGCAACACGUGGGGGCAUGAGGACUACGCGGAGCUUGGAAGCCGCUUCAAGGCAUGCCAUGUCAAGAUCAUGAUCAUGUGGCUCACCACCAAAGUUCAACAGCUUGCAGAUGCCUCC